AUGGCUCGCAAAAAGAUUCGCGAGUAUGACGCUAAGCGGCUAUUGAAAGCUCAUAUUAAACGCUUGGCGGGCCUUGAUCUCCCUAUCCAGGUUGUGCAGUUUACAGCUGCCAGCAACCCGUCGGACCUGCUCAAUGAGAAUCCAUGGCUGGGGAACACCCGGCUUGUAGUCAAGCCCGAUAUGCUUUUCGGCCAGCGUGGAAAGAACGACCUGGUUGGCCUUAACCUGGACUUCUCACAGGCAAGCACAAUGUGCUUUCCUUCAGCGAUUUGGGCCAUCGACUUUGCGACGCAGCGCCUGAACCGCACCGUGACCGUCAACGGCUGCACCGGCCCCAUCACCACGUUCCUCAUCGAGCCGUUCGUGGCCCACGAGGAGGAGUUCUACUUGUCCAUCACCUCGACACGCAACGGAUGGGAGGUCUCAUUCUCCGAGGCGGGUGGCAUCCACAUUGAGGAGAACUGGGAUAAGUUGCGCACCGUCGUGUUGGACACAACGGACUGUCCCCUGGACUCGGCUCGUGUGGCCCCCCUCAUCGCCGGACUGCCCCUGGAGCUAAAACCCGCCCUGGAGCGAUUCAUCCUGGCAGCGUUUGCCGUAUUUAACGACCUGGACUGCACCCUGCUGGAAAUGAACCCAUGGACCCUAGACGCCUCGGGCCAGCCCUUCCCCCUGGACAUGAGAGUGGAGCUCGACGACACCUCCAAGUACCGCAACGGUCCCAAGUGGAAUGUGGGCGACGUGGAGCUGGAGUUCCCGCUUCCCUUUGGCCGCUUGCUGACCCCCGCCGAGGAGGCGGUGUCGGCGCUGGACGAGGCCACGGGCGCCUCGCUCAAGUUCACUGUGCUCAAUCCGGCGGGUCGCGUGUGGCUGAUGGUGGCGGGCGGCGGCGCGUCGGUGAUUUACACGGAUACGAUUGCAGAUCUAGGGUUUGCACAGGAGCUUGGCAACUACGGUGAGUACAGCGGCGCGCCCAACACCUCCGAGACGUACCAGUACGCUCGUACUGUACUGGACUGCGCCACCGCCCACGCCGACGGCCGCGGGCGGGUGCUGCUCAUCGGCGGCGGCAUCGCCAACUUCACUGACGUGGCAGCCACCUUCACCGGAAUCAUCCAGGCGCUCAAGGAGAAGAAGGCGGCGCUGCAGGCCGCCAAGGUGCGUAUCUUUGUCCGUCGCGGCGGUCCCAACUACCAGAAGGGUCUGGCCCUGAUGCGCAGCCUGGGAGAUGAACUGGGAGUGCCCAUUGGCGUGUACGGUCCAGAGAGCUCCAUGACGGGUAUUUGUGCCGAGGCCAUCGACUACCUGAAGCAGCAGGAUGGGGCCGAGGUGACGGCGACGGCGUAG